UGGCCCCAGGUGCAGUUGUUCACGAUCGCCCCUCACAAGAUGAUUUCACCGAAUCGCCCAGGCUGCAAGGAUUCUCGCAAUGCGCAGGUGACAAGCCGGCGCCUUUGGCGUGGCGGAGUCGCUUUGCGAGCCAGCCAGCAACAGGACGGCGACCCGGAGGACUGGCUCGCCAAGAGCCGCGAGGAGGUGGAGGGCUUCAAGAAGGCCCAGGUGUCCAGUUGGGCAGAGGCUGUGUUGAUCGAUGGUGGGCUGGAAGCAGACGACGAGCUCAUCCAGCAAACGGUCGCACUGCAGCAGCAGGGCGUCACCGGCAAGUCCCUGCUGAAGCUCACGCUGGAAGAGCUGAUGGCAGCUCCGUACAACAUCCCUGGCGGCCCUGCAAAGCUUCUGGCUGAGAAGAUCCGGCUGUUGCAAGAGCCCGAGGGCGCAAGUCGCUUGCAACGCUACCUCGCCCCCAAGUACGUCGUGAGAGAAAAGGACAUUGACGGCGAGAAGCUGCUGGUCUGCGAUUUCAAGGAUUCGGCAAAAUUUGCCAUUGUGUCCAGCGAGCUGAUGCAGAAUUUGACGGCGUGGGUGGAGGACUGUGUGUCUUCCCGACGCAUCUGCGCCAUCAAUGGCAUGGUAAAAACGGGAAAAUCUACCGUAUUGACUCGCCUUCUGCCCCAGAUCAUCUUGACAAAGAUUCCAAAUGCCGAGAUUUGCGUCCUGGACUUUGCCACUUUUCUCAACGCGGGCGCCGAGCCCGGAGCAAUGGAGGAAAGAUUGCUGAAGAGAGUUGCAGCUUGGGCAACAAGCGCUGGGUUCCAUGUGGGCCCAGGUGACAUGUUGCACUUGGAUGAGUUGAUGGACAAUUUGGAUAAGUCUGGGCGUACCGUUUUUUUCCUGAUCGACGAAGUUCAGAGGUUUUUCCAAGUGCAAGAGGGAACUAUCCCAACCUGGGACAUCCUCAAGGGAUUCCUCCGAGUCAGCAAGGAAGACUCCAACCUGCACUUUGCCAUCACGGGUUCAGGCAUGGUCCUGGCUUGGCAAAACUUUGUGAGGAUGACUCCCAAUGGAUUCACCUUUCCUGGCGUGUGUCGAAGGUUUUUCCCGUGGCAGAACCCCGUCCAGGAGCUGGACUAUGCCAGACAGGAAUUCCUGGCCGCUGCUGCCAAUGAAGCCGAGCGAGAGGAACUGUCCGACCUGCUAGGCGAGAUCCCAUCCGUGCCGCUAAUGGCAUACACAGCAGCGGUGUGGAAGGACGAACCGUCCAAGAACGACGCACAAAAACGCGUAAGCAUGAAGUUGAGAAAUGAGUUCGUGACGGAGAUGACCCCUUUGCUGGCGGAUCCAAGUUGGUCCAAUCCGCCACGUUUGCGGUGCGUUAGAGACUUGGCCAAUGGUCAGGCAACCUCUGACCCAGCAGUUUUUUUUGAUGAGACAGUGUACGACUGCUUCCUCAAGGCAUAUAUUGAUGAGAAGAACGGCAACUUCUCUUUUGUAAACAACCCGUGGACUGCGUGCGUGGCACGCUGCAUAGACGCGCGCGGGGCACUACUGAACCAAAGCAAUUUUCCGGUCCUUCAAUGGUACCAGAACGAGCAAAGACUGCAGCAACUUGCGCGAGUUGGUGAGUUUGUGCAGGCACGCUGCGGCGUUGGUGUCCUUCGCCAAAGGGAAGGAAGAAUCGCCAACUGAGCGUCAAGGAAAAGCAAGACCGCAGGCUGGUGGAGACCAUUUGCAGGAGGCAUGGAACGAAACAUGGCUGGCAUCCAACGAAAGGGGAUCCAUAUUUUGAACGACUGCUGAGUUGGUCGAAUGAUGCUGUAAAUAAGAGCAUACAAAAGCGCCUGGAGGACAAAAGAAAGAAGAACAAGACGGAACCGGAACGGUUGGACAUGCCGUGGUGCACCUACUUGGAGAUGUUGCGCAAUGCGAAUGCGCAUCUCAGCUCGACAACCAGAGCUGAGUAUGAGGAACUAUUGUUUCAUUGCUUGCCGCCCCGGUCAGCCUUGCUAUUGGCGGCUUUGAGGAAUUUCACUCUGUCCAGACCCCAGUGAGAGCCAGGCCCACGCUGUUGAAGACG